AAACUUGUUAAAUUAAACAAGUACCUAAUUUCCUUCUUUUCUACAGUGUGGGUUUGAUUCUUCUAGUGCCCGGUAGUGAAAGCCAAUUCCAUUUGAUUCAAAUUGUGAUCUCAAAAUUUCCCGCGACACAGAGACAAAGAAGAUGAUGAUGACAACUGCAAUUCACUGCUUGACUCUUCCUUGCAUGCCAAGGAAUCCAUCUCUCACCACCAACCUUUCUCUCUCUUCUCAUCUAAAUCUUGCAACUUCCAGGCCUCUCUCUGACCUCCUUUCUCAUGGUCUCUUCUCCAAAGGUACCAAACAGAGCAAAAUGCAUAUGGGAGACUUUUUUUCCUUAAGUAAUGGGCUUUUGUCAAUUCUCAGGUUUUCUGUCAAUAAACACUAUUGAGAGGUCAAUUCGUCAGUCUGUUGUCUGCAUGGCUAGAAGAUAUGGUGCCAAUACUAGGAAGAGAAAGAUACAGAGCAGAAGAAAGGGUGGUGACCGAGAGAAGAAGAAGAAGCGUAGAAGGAAGGCAGCCAGGAAGAAUAAGGAUAGCUUCAAAAUCAUCCGGCUUGUCUCAGCGGCAGGAACUGGAUAUGUCUAUGCCAAGAGAAAAGGAAAGAAGAGUGAGAAGCUUGAGAUUAAGAAAUAUGACCCUGUUGUCAAGCAUCAUGUUUUCUUUAAAGAAUCAAAAUGAAUACAGUGAGAAGAUUCUUUAAAGAAUCAAAAUGAAGACAGUGAGAAGCUUGUGCAUAGCUUUUUUAUUCUCUUAAACUUUUGCUGGAUCAUGUACUCCUAACAUUGUUUCUUGUGGACAAGUUUUAAUAUGGCAGUGCCAAACACAGGCCAUGGUUAGCUGGUAGAACUUUUUGUAGGCUAUUAACUCUUACGAGAAGAAAAUUUGUGAAUAACUUACUUGUAUUUUGAUUUGUUGGGCUGUUCUUCCUCAUCGUUAUAAAAAGCUUGGGUGCUUUUCUGAAGAUAGAUGUGGUACUCUUUUAGCAUCAUAGAGGAGUUCACUUUGUUCAAGAAAGCUGCUAAUUGACUCGUGCGUAAAAUAAUACAUUUGUUGGGAUCCUCUCCGAGGGUUGACCUUAAGAUCGAGACCAAGAUAAAAUCAUGAGCUUUCUUCCGAAUAAAAAGUCCCUCGCCAUUGCUAGGGCAAACGGGAUUUUCAAUAUUAAACCCACGCAACAAAUUCGGAGCCCACCAUCUCCCAAACCAGUGAAGUAGACGACUUCUUGAAUCGGAUUCUCUGUUCUUGAAGAGAGCCUUAAAACAGAACCAAGAUCACCCAACCUCUCUCUUCCUCCUCUCUUUUAUACGGACAUUGGGCGAUUCGACCAUAUUCAUCGCAUCUCUUUCCCAGUUUCUUUCGUUCUCCUGCUUCAUUUUCCUCAUAUACCCAAUCUGCCUACAAUUACUUCCAUCUAGUUACAAGAAUCACCAUAAUUGAUCUUGCAUCCAUUUCUCUCCAAAACCCCACGAGCUUCCUCAUGCUUCUUUAUCGACUUGAAGCAAGUAAUUGAAAUUUAUAUCAUCUGGCAUACAGCAACUCUUUUGGUUCUCUUGCGUAUGGCACCCCCAUUCUCUGAAUCUUGCACAAAUUAACAACUUCGGUCUUUCAUUUCCUUGCAAACUGCCAAAGCUUUCAAGAACCCCUCUUCUUGAAGCGAAGUUCACCUUAUAUAUUCACUCAUCCUGUCCCUCCAAACAAGAAACCUUUACGCCUCCAUGGAUCAUAGAAGGAAGAAAGUGACAAAAACCGAAACCACCGACCUCCCGGAUUGUUUGCUGGAAGAGAUACUAUCAAGAUUGCCCAUGAGGUCACCUGCCCUAGGGCAAUGCAGGUUGGUUUGCAAAACUUGGCUUCACAUGAUUUCAGGGACAUACUUUUCCAAACUAAAGCUUGAAUCACACCCUCGCAUGUUGGUGAAAACCAUACCCGAAACGUACCAAUCAAGAGAAAUCAUUUCAGUUCGGAUAGCGGAAGGAGUUAAUGGUAGAACUUUCCAGGUUGAGAAGUCAAAGAAGCUUGUUCCGAAGAAGGACUUGCCCACUUCAAAUUUUGAGUUAGUGAAUUCUUGUCAUGGUUUGCUUUGCAUAUCAGAAGGCAAAUCCCGCAAUGUUAUUCAUGUUUGCAAUCCAGUUUUUCGUGAGCAUAUAACAAUCUCCGUGAAUAAACCCCUGCCGUUUUAUCAGAAUAGUUUUUGUCUUGGACUUGGCAUCACCAAUGGCAAAUAUGAGUUCAAAGUGUUGCGAACUUUUUGUCUUAAGACCAAUAGAAGAGCUCCAGGUUACCCUAGGGCUGAGAUAUACACAAUAGGCACGAAAAAAUGGAGACGAAUAGGAAAUCCUCUUUCUUGCAUUGAAAAACUGGAUUUUGAUACUUCUGUGCAUGGUUAUAUCCACUGGAUUCCUGAUCAACAAAUUUUGCAGUUUAUUUGUUCUUUUAACUUUGGAAAAGAGCAGUUUGGGCAAUUGCCAUUACCUCCUACAUAUGAUGGAAAUGAUGCCAGGGUAAAGUUGGGAGUUUUGAAAGAUUGUCUAUGUGUGAGUGUUCCUGAGAAGGUUGGCAGUGUUGAUAAAUUUGGCAUAUGGGUUAUGAAGAAGUAUGGCAUCAAGCAGUCCUGGAUCCAACAGUAUGUGAUUGAAAACCUCUAUCCAGACGUUGGCCGCUUGAAAUUUUAUGAACCCUUAAUUUUCUUGAGCACUGGUGAAAUCUUGAUAUCAUUCAAUGGUGAAUUCUUAGUCUGCUACAACACAACACUGAAAAAGCUUGCGAAGAAGAGUACAAUAACUCAAACUAAGGGAGGUAUCCAUGCGAUUGCAUAUAAUCCAAGUUUAGUUUCACUCAACGUUGUUGCAAGAGGAGAAAAAGUGCGGACACUGCCAGAGCCAGAGAAAAAGAAAGGUGAUGAAGAGGGAAAAGUUUCAACCCUUUCAUCUGAGAUCGGAGUCAGAUUCUAUGAAGGUGAGAGGUUACCAGAGUAAGAGGUCAAAGAAUUCUGAGAUUGUCAUAAUGCAAAUGCCAGUAAAAUCAAGUUCACUCCUGAAAGAUCAUUUCUGCACAUGAAUUUUGUCAAGGUUGUUGCUAUUCUAAAAGGAGUAUAUUUGUCAAUGACCAGCUAUUGUAGUGAUACUCUAUUAUGAAAUACUGAAAUUAUGAUCUUUAAGUGAUGGCAUUUGAUUGUAAUGCUAAUGGGGAUUUGAGUCUUUUAAUCAUGUUUGCACUUGAUUA